AGUUGCACAGCUACGGUUGACGACUGUUGUCCGUUGUUGUAGCUAGCAACGCAUACAUCUUAUUUGUUAUUAUUAUUGUUGUUAGUAUCAUAAUCAUAAAUUGUUGUAGAAAUUGCAGUACUGCGCGUUCUCGGAAGCUUCUUUUUUGUUUUGGGGGGCGUUUACUUGUCUUUCCUUUGCAGCUGUUUCUUUUUUGCCCUUUUAGCGCACACCGGCCCUGAGGCCAGCUGCUUUGUGUUGCUGUCGUCGUCGUCGUUGUUGUUCUUCUCUUUUUGUUUAAUCCAGCCGACCUUGUCAUGUCGGGGCGCCAGCCGGGUUGGCGGAGGUUCUUCCCGAGAGCCAUUUUCUCCGACAAGCUCUGCAAUGCCCUCUGCUGCGGCCGCCUCAGCCAGGACGAGGAUGUCGAGGCGGAGGUGAUUGUGUACCUAAACGACGCAGCCGCCAACGCGCCCUUCAACUACCCGUCGAACUUCAUCUGCACCUCGAAAUACACCCUCUGGAGUUUCCUCCCGCUGGGCCUCCUCUUCCAGUUCACCCGGGUGAGCAACGUUUACUUUUUAAUUAAUAUGAUAUUUAGUCUUAUUCCGGGCGUGUCGCCGGUCAGCCCGGCGACGUCGGUGGCGCCGCUGGUGGUGGUGCUGGUGGUCGCCCUCAUCAAAGAAGGGAUUGAAGACAUCCGGCGCCACCAGGCCGAUAACCGGGCAAACUCUAUCGCGGCCACGGUCGUGCGGGGCGGCGAACUCGUGCCGGUGCCCAGCAAAGACGUGCAAGCAGGCGACGCGGUGUUUGUCAAAAACGGCGAGGAGGUGCGCGCCGAUGUCGUCCUCUUCUCCUCCUCCGUCGACGAAGGACAGGCCUUCAUCGACACGUGCAACCUGGACGGUGAGACGAACCUGAAGAGCCGGAAGGCGCUCGAGCCCACGUGGACGCUGAGCAGCGUGGCGGCGAUUCAGAACAGCACGGGUGUGCUCCACACGAGCAUGCCAGACCCGGGGCUGCUGUCGUGGAACGGCAUGCUCGAGCUGAACGGCGAGGAAUUGGCGCUGUCGCUGGACCAGUUCCUCUACCGCGGCUGCGUGCUACGAAACACGGAUUGGGUGUGGGGCAUGGUGGCCUACGCGGGGGUCGACACAAAGAUGUUCCGCAACCUGAAGGAGAGGCCGCCCAAGUCGUCCAACCUGGACCGAAAGCUGAACGUGCUUAUUAUUCUAAUUUUCAUCUUUCAGAACAUCAUGCUCUUCAUUAUCGCCUCCCUCGCGGUGUGGUGGAACCACCGGCACAGCGAUGUUGUGUAUCUAGACUAUUUCCUCAGGGAGCACGAAAACGGGCACCUGUGGGGUUACCGCUACCUUGCCUACUUCAUUCUGUUUAGCUACUGCGUGCCCAUCUCCCUGUUUAUCACGAUGGAGCUGUGCAAGGUGAUCCAGGCGCAGUGGAUGCGCGUGGACUGUCACAUGAUGGAGUACAUGUCGGGGCGCUGGCGCCACUGCCAGCCGAACACGUCGAACCUGAACGAGCAGCUGGCGAUGGUACGGUUUAUCUUCAGCGACAAGACCGGCACGCUUACGGAGAAUGUAAUGAAGUUCAAGCACGGCGACGCCCUCGGCUUCCCUAUUGAUGCGGACGACCUAGAGGGCUGCAAGGCGCAGCUCAGCAAGGAGGAGGCCUCGAACGGGCUGGGGCGGGUGCAGGAGUACUUCCUAGCCCUGGCGCUGUGCAACACGAUCCAGCCCUUCAAGGACACGGAUCAGGAGCAAAGCAUCAUCUACGAAGGUAGCUCGCCGGACGAAGUUGCGCUGGUGGAGACAGCCGCACUGCUUGGGUUUCGCCUGGUCAACCGCACCACGCGCGCCAUCACCUUGCAGCUCGCCAACGACACGCAGAAGACGUACAACAUCCUCGCCACGCUGGAGUUCACGCCGGAUCGCAAGAUGAUGAGCAUCAUCGUCGAGGACAGCGACACGAAGCGCAUCACCUUAUACAACAAAGGUGCGGACAGCUUUGUGCGGUCGCAGCUGAGCCGCGAGCCGGACGUGCAGGCGCACAUGGAGCAGGUGGACAGCUCGCUGACGGAGAUGUCGUCGACGGGGCUGCGCACGCUGCUCGUCUGCGCGAAGGACAUCACCCGCGCCCAAUUCGAGCGGUGGAACAGCCGCUUCAUUGAAGCCGGCAAGCUGCUGCACAACCGCAGUGAGGAGGUGGAUCGGGUCUGCCUUGAGAUGGAAAAGAAUAUGCGCAUCGUCGGGGCCACCGCCAUCGAGGACAAGCUGCAGGACGAGGUGCCGGAGACGCUGUCGUUCUUCCUGAGCGCCGGCGUGGUGGUGUGGAUGCUGACGGGCGACAAGAGAGAAACGGCGGUCACCAUCGCGACGACGUCCACGCUGUGCGACCCACGCACCGACUUCGUGGACCACAUCGAUAUCGGUCACCUCGACCCCUCCGUCAAGAGCGCGAUCGAUAAGGUCGGCCGUGACUUGGAGGUGAUUGAGCAGCACGUCGCCCUGCGCGGCAGCGAUCAGGCACGUCGCUGCACCUUCGUCGUCGACGGGCCAGCACUGAACAUCGCGAUGGAGCACUACUUCGACAAGUUCCUCGACCUGUCGCAGAAGGUGAACUCCGCCGUCUGCUGCCGCCUCACGCCGAUUCAGAAGGCGAACGUUGUGCACAUGUUUCAGAAGUCGUACGGGCUGACGGCGCUGGCCAUUGGCGACGGCGCCAAUGACGUGUCGAUGAUCCAGGAGGGACGCGUGGGGGUCGGCAUUAUCGGUCUGGAGGGCGCGCAGGCGGCCCUCGCGGCGGACUACGCCAUCCCGCGCUUCAAGCAUCUCCGCCGCCUCUGCGCCGUGCACGGCCGCUACUCCCUCUACCGCAACGCCAGCUGCAUCCUUGUCAGCUUCUACAAGAAUGUCAUCAUCGCUGUGUGUCAGUUCAUCUUCGCCUUCUUCGUCGGCUUCUCCUCGCAGACACCGUUUGAUGGGUGGCUGCUCACGUUCUACAACGUCGUCCUCACGAGCAUCCCGCCCUUCUUUAUGGGGAUCUUCGACAAGGACCUCCCGGAGGAGGCGUUGCUGGAGCGGCCGAAGCUGUACAGUCCGCUCUCGCACGGCGAGUACUUCAACCUCAAACUGCAGGCUCGCUGGUUCAUCGAGGCGGUUGUCACGGCCAUCGCCAUCUUCUUCAUGGCCUACCCGACGAUGAUCGACCUCGACGGCUCGAACCGGCGCUACACUGGCAAGAUGAGCGGCACGUUAAUCUUCUGUGGUGUCCUCACAGUCGUCAUUACCCGCUUUGCGCUCCACAUCCGCUACUGGCAGUGGCUGCAGGUGCUCGGAGUAGGACUCUCCUACAUCUUCUUUAUGCUGCUCCUCAUUGUGUACUCGGCGAUCCCGUCUCUGUUUGGUGAUACGAGCUUCUACUUUCACGCCUACACCCUCUGGAGCAGCGGUAAGUACUGGUUCUACAUGAUUCUGUACCUCAGCACGGUGCUCGUAUUUGUGCUGAGCGCCAAGGUGAUGCAGAAGCACUUCUUCCCGACCUUGCGCGACGUAGCGGAGCGUCAGUACUCGCUGCAAAACGGUGGCAAAAUGUAA